CGGAUAGUGUUGGUAACUGAGCGGCCACAAAUUAUGCUUGUGGUUGAAAUUUGUUUCAAUCUUUGCAUGGCCGCUUACUCACUCUCUCAUUUACUUUCUCUUAACCGGACAGCUUUCCUAAACUCUCUCUCUCUCCGUCUCGUCCCCCUCAUUUCUCCCUCUAUCUCCGAAGAGGUCUCAAAGUUUUGCAGGAAAAUGCUAGCUUGGGUAAUUUGAUUUCGGUAAUAAUUCUUUUUGCAUCACUUACAAAAGCCACAUUGAAACUAGAGCUUCCAUAAAAAAUCAGAACACUAUGGCUAAGCCAAAUGGGUUUAUUCAUUCUUCUGUCAAGUCACCACAGCAUCCUAAGUUAAAUGCAAAACAAAGCAAUGGACGUCUCUCCUUGUUGAAAACGAAGUUAUCUAGUAACGGAUUCUGGCAUUUUGGUGGAAGACUAAAGACUUUGAUUGGAUCCCAUGGAUCUUCUUUGUUAUGUCAAUCAACAGAAACACGCAAUACAGAAACAAGAGAGUGUGAGAGACACUAUGAUGAUUAUUCAAGCAUAUCCAGUGCUCAAGCUGGAGAUGGGGAUCUCAUUGAGACAGGAAAGAAUGUUACUUUAAGCCAGGGAUUAGCUGACGCAUGUAAAUUUGUUUGUGAGGAUGCAAAAUUUGUUAAUGAAAGGGCUAGGAAUGACAUUGUAUUGCUCUCCCAGAGCAUAAUGAGGUUGGAUGCUCGUGCACGUCAAGAUGUUGCUUUUCUCGGUUCAGAGUUCCUUAAGCUUGAUGCACGAGCUAGAGAAGGCACCGAGAAAAUUGAUCACGAUGUGAAGAGAAGAGCUGAAAUGCUUCAUCACAUUGCCAUUAUUCUUAAAAACAAAGCUCAAUCUAGAUUGAAAUAUGCUGCUGACAAACACUGGAGCGAUGGUGCCUUAGAGGCUGAUUUGAGGCGGGCAGAUUUUGCUGCCAAGCAACGUGCGAUGGAAGAUGCCUUCAUGGCUUUGGAGCUUGUCAAAAACAUACAUGAUAGGAUGGUGAGAAAGAUGUACAGAUUGAAGAACAGUUCUACAAAUGCUAGUGAGACGACUGGACGUAUAACGCUGGAAAAGAAUGGGAAAACCCUCGACUUCAUAGAGGUGUCUGCUGAUCGUAUUAAUGCCAUGCAGGAAGAUUAUUGGAGCAUGGCUUCUGCACUUUCAGAAGCUGAUGGAAUUGACUAUACUGAUCCUGAAGAGCUGGAGUUGUUGGUUGCAACUCUCAUUGAUCUUGAUGCUAUGGACAGCAAAAGCAGUGUAUCUCUAUUGGCGGAAUGUUCAAGUUCUCCUGAUGUUAAUACCAGGAGAGCAUUAGCUAACGCUUUAUCAGUUGCACCAUCCAUGUGGACUCUCGGAAAUGCUGGCAUGGGAGCUUUGCAGAGACUGGCAGAAGAUAGCAACCCUGCAAUUGCUGCUGCUGCUUCAAAAACUCUAUGUGAAUUGAAGAAGCAAUGGGAUAUUGAAGAAGGAGAUAGCUGGAGAUUCAUGAUGAACCAAAGCCUGCAGGUAGAAGAAGAAGAAGAAGAAGAAAAUGAUGAUACAGAAACAAGCUGAAAAUUCAUAUUCAUAAUGUAUAUACAUGGAAGGGAGGAACUGAAUGAUUAUUAGGUUAAUCACUAAUUAACGAAAAUAGUUAUGUGGAAAUAAUUUGAUUGUUGAAAACCAGUUUUUUUAUAUCAUUUAUAAAGAAAGCAAAGAAAAUUCAACAUUU